GAAGCUCAGUAUUGCUUGAACGAUGAAGUUGGGAGUAUGUGUAUUAUUGUUGGUUGGAUGGGUGGAGAGCAAAGCCACGCCCCAAAAUCCUUUAACGGAUUGGAGGCAUCAUAAAAGAGUUGAGGGAUUACAGACAGGUCGAACUCCAGUAUCUGCCAGUUCUAAUCUUAUUGCAGAACAACAACAAUCAACAGCUGAAGAACAACAUGACGUCAUUAGACGAGACUCCCAUGGAUUCGGCGGACAUGUUCAUCAACCCCGUCCUCAAUCUGCUCAACAACAGUCAGGAUAUGGUUCACCAGCUCCUCAAGCUGCUCCUGUCUUUGCUAAAGCUCCCGCUCCUCAAUCUGCUGCUCCAACCUAUGCUCCUGCACAGCAAGCUGCUCCAGCAGCUGAGGAACCUGUAGAUCUUCAUAAUAAGGAGUUCUGUGUUGAUGUGUCAACCUACCAGCCCGUGGUCUGGGUAGAGAGUGAUGGAGAGGAGUGUAAUACAGUGUUCGUCAAGAAAUGUGAGGAUAAAUCAGAGAACGUCUGCGCUGAUGUUACAGAGACAAAAUGCAAGGUCCAACCCUACACCGAGUGCUCCAUGGGCCUGGAGCCCCAGAACUUUGACGAGACUAAGCUGACCGCGAAGAAGUUUGUUGAGAAGGUUUGUGAGACAGGGAAGCGAACAAUCCCUCACACCAAGAUGCUCCCACAAUGUAAGAAUGUUACAAAACAGAACUGUGUUACUCUCUGGGAAACUGAUAAGAACGGAAAACAGGUUUGGGCCGGUAAUGAGGCGUGUGAACCUGUGACCUGGCAGGAGUGUAAGCUGGUUCCUAAAACGGUCAGCUUCAUUGUUCCUGAGAUUACAUGCAAUGAUGGACAGGAGUUGUGGUAUCAUGAACCAUCUCCUUCAACUGAUGUCAGAAUGACCAACACUUUCGACUGCCAGGUUAAACAUUCCACUGCUUGUGAGACUCAGACAAGACCAGAUUGUAAAACUAUUCAAUGGCAAGCAUGCAGGGAGGUGCCUGUGAAGAACUGUAAACCUAAGAGCGUGCAUGUACCGACCCAGGAACGUCUACACAGGAAGAAGUGUCUUCUACCGGAUGAGGAGAAAGUCACCCCGGCUCAAGAGGACUAUGGAAUACCGGCUGCUGAACCCGUAUCCUCUUAUUCCGGAUAGAUGUAUACCUACUUACCGGAUUCUAUAGUUUGAUUCAAAACCUUCCCUGGCAUUAGAUGUUUAAACUCUCAUUUAACUUAUACUAGUCAAUACUUAGUUUUGUUUUAGUAUCUCCCCCUAACCUCCCACUUGACAACCCCUCCCCCCCCCUUUAAAAUCAACCCUUAAAAGUUUCAAAGGAACUAAGUUUUUUUUGCACAACCUUAGAUUUU